CGCAAUCAUACUCUUAUAUUGUCCGCCGCACUGAUUCCAACUCCAUUCCACAGAACAAUGGCAGCCAGCGCCAACAGUCCGAUCAACUUUGCACAACAUAGAUCGCUCAAACGGGCGGCACUUCUUGCCUUCCUCCUCUUUAUGUCUUCCCUACCUGCCGCCACCGCUACCGAGACUGGCCACCAAUAAUGGAGCCCCAUACAACCAGACCGUCAGCCCAACGCUGUCCAUCAUCAUCAUAGCCUUCAUCGGCGCUUUAUGCGUGCUGAUCUUCUUCUUCAUCUACAUACGCUUCUGUAUUGGCGGCCAUAGAUCCCUCGUGACUCCGGCGGCGAUCACCCUACCCCAGCACAGGGGGCAGAUCAGAGGAUUGGAUUCAGCUCUGCUGGAGACAUUUCCGACGAUGGUGUACUCGGAUGUGAAGGGGCGUAAAUUAGGUAAAGAAUCGCUAGAGUGCGCGGUCUGCCUUUGCGAAUUCGUGGACGACGAUCUCCUCCGCUUACUUCCAAUAUGCAGCCAUGUGUUCCACCGCAACUGCAUCGACGUCUGGCUCGAUUCCCACGUCACCUGCCCCGUCUGCCGCAGCAAUCUCGCUGCUAAUCCGAUUCCGGAGACCGAUCACGCCAGCAUUCCCGUUGAUCAGGAGGUGGAUUUGACGGAUUUAGUUCGAAUCGGGAGCCAUAGGAGGUUGAGAUCGGGGUCUGUGAGAGGGGUUCCUAUGGGUUCGGUAUCGAGAGCGGAUUGGGAGGCAGUGGUUGCUGGUGCGGACGGAAGAUUCAGGCUGCAGCUGCCGGAAGAUGUUAUGGAGAUAUUGGAAGCAGGGCGGCUCCGACGAUCGGCGAGUUUGGGGUUUUUUGCGGCGAGAAGGGAGGGGAGUUCGAGGAGAGGGUAUAGGGAUGGUCGAAUCGGCGUUUGGAGGAGUCUCCGGUUAGUGCAGUCGGCGCGGUGGCCCAUUUUGGGGAGGAACUCGUCGGCGAGGGGAAGAGAAGUGAGGGUACAACUUGAUGAUUUAUUUGAGGGCGUAUUCGUGCCGGGUGACUGGAAAGGAGGUCGGCUUGCUUCAAUUAAAAGAUCUUUUGGCAUGAUUAAUGGAGGAGGCAACGGCGGCAAAAGAGGCGGAGAUGUUGGCAGUGGCGACACCGGCGGAAGCAGAGUUAAACCGGGCGACGAAGAUGCUUCCACGGCGGCAUAA